AUGGAGGCCAUCAUGGGCACCAACGGAGCCAACCAGCCGGACUGGGCGACUCACUCCUCAUUGCUUGCGCUUCUCCUGAAUUGGAAUCUCCUCUUCAUCUUCCUCGUCGUCUUCCGGUAUCUACGUCUCGUUGUCCAUAUCGUCUCAUACUGUGCUUAUAAGCCAUCUCCAGUUUCAGGAAGCAGAUCUAUGACCGAGAAACAAUGUUCAAUCAUCAUCCCGACGGUCGACCCGGAGAACCCACACUUCCAUGAAUGCCUGUUGUGGAUACUCACCAACGACCCUCUGGAAAUCCACAUUGUCACGGUAGGAAAGCGCCUACAGCAACUGACCAAGAAGGUCGUCCGACGGUACCAGGCCGCAUUCCCUUCGAUCCGGAUCCUAGUGUCGGCGACAAAAACUGCUAACAAGCGUCAACAGGUGGCUCAUGCUUUACCCUAUGUCCGAGGCGCGAUUACUUUCCUCGUCGAUGACACGGUCUUCUGGCCAUCCCCGAACUUCCUACGUACUGCCGUUGCCCCUUUCGAAGACCCUGAGGUCGGCGGAGUCGGCACCAACAAGCGCGUGCGUCGAGAGAAUCUAGCCUUCGGCUUCAGCUCAUUCUGGAACAUGAUGGGCGCAUUGUACCUGGAGCGACACAACUUCGAGAUUCGUGCCACCAACACCAUCGACGGCGGGGUCUUUGUCAUCUCAGGCCGGACGUGCGCAUACCGUACGAACAUCCUACAGGACCCGUCCUUCCUGGAGGGAUACAACAACGAACGAUUCUUUUUCGGGCUCCGAGGCCCGUUGAACGCCGACGACGACAACUUCAUCACCCGCUGGCUCGUCACGCACAACUGGAAGAUCAAGAUUCAAUACUGCCAGGACUCCAUGAUCGAGACGGUGCUCGGCACGUACCCCAAGUUCCUGUCCCAAUGUCUGCGCUGGUCACGCACCACCUGGCGAAGCAACACCGCAUCCUUGAUCACUGAUCGCACCGUCUACCGUGCCCAACCGUGGUGUGUGUAUGCCGUGUACCUUACCUCGUUGGUCAACUUUGCGCUCUUCUAUGACACCGCCCUGGUCUACACGCUCAGCCGGAGUCACUUUUACAGCCCAGCCACGCUACAGACCUUAGGUAUGUGCAUUGUUCUCAGCAAGCUUGUCAAAUUGGUGCCUUAUUUCUGCCGUCAUCCGGCUGAUCUGAUCUAUCUGCUGGGAUACUUUGUCUUUGCUUACUUCCACAGUUUCAUCAAGCUUUACGCUGGACUGACUUUCUGGGUCACUACCUGGGGAGGCCGUGACUUGGAAACAGUGAAUCGUUUCGCUACGGAGGGCGACAAUGAUACCGAGAAGAGCUACGUACCGAGCAGCGUCACUGGUGAUUCUGAACAAUGUAGCUCGCCUAGAUUAGGCUCUAGGUACCGUUAUACCGACCAUCUCUGCGGCUUCUCGGACGAGGAGGAGCUACUGCCAACGCCACCGUCAUCGUCAUCGUCAUCAAGCACCACUGCUCAGACUCGGACUCACAAUUCGCCUGCUCUGCCAUCCAGCACUGGUGCAAUGACUGCAACUGCUCGGACUUCCGCUUCGACGCCCAGUCCUGCCCUAAACCACACUCGCACUCCUGUCAAGACGCCAUGGGGUGUCGUGGCGCCAGACCGAAACAAUGCGUACCGCACUCCCGCCAAUGUCCUGAUGCACCAGCAACCCGGCAUGGCGUGGCCGCGCACUUGGAACUAUAGGACCAGACAGAGCCACGGCGAAGCAGGGGCUUACCACGUCAAUGACGAGGCCGCCGUGUCGACGCAGAUUCAGCCACGACAAGUAACACCUGCUCGAGCAGUUGCCGAAGAAUUCAUGCCUUCCACGCCACAGCAACUUCUCUCCCCUACCCGCUCGCCUGCACGCAAUGUCAAUGUCAAUGUCAAUGUCGACUUCGACGGUGACAUCGCCAUGGAUACAGAUGCCCGCGCCCAUGCUGUUUCUUAUGCCGAUGUCGAUCCUGAUACUCCCUUGCCAUCUAUUGAAACAGAUGAUAUGUACCCAUCCCCGACCAGCAGCUGUGUAGCCCGUGAUCGGCAACUGGGCGUCUUUCACGGCGGCGCGCAUCCCAAGGACACUGCUACUACCACUGGUCUGGCCCGGACCGCUGAGACUACUACAUAUCGUCUUCCUACUCCGCCAUCGACUCGACUUCCGCUUGAACCAGUGACACCGACUCCUGCUGAAGGUGGUCGUCGGCGCUGGAACGGUUACACCCGCACCUGGGUCCGCGCGUCUCCUGAUUCGUGCAAUCGAUUGCAUUUCGACGGUUCCAGUAUGGUACGUCCUCGAAAUUGUACUUUGGAGGAUCGACGAUUUGAUUACUGGUGA